AUGCCAAUGAGUCCAAUUUUAGAAAAUGCCACAGAUUCUUUUAAUAGACUACUUUGGUUUGUAGAAUAUAAAUCCUUAAAUGUUGAGUCAAUAGCAAACGGAAUAAGAAGUUCAGAAUCUAUUAAAUUCCAAUUUUGGCAAUUUGAACAUAUGUUGAAGCUAGUUAAUAGACAGGAAGAAUUAACUGGUCGAUUAAGCUCGAUACGUCAUGUUAUUGAUAUGACUGGUUAUGGUACUCUUGGAUUUUUAUUUUUAAUAUAG